CUCCUCAUCCUCUCCUCCUCGGAUGGAGUGUAGGUGAGUGUUGGGUCUCAGUCAUUCAACUCUCCACCAGCCUGAACACAGUGAGAAAGAAAAUGAAGAGUGAAUGAACCAGAGAGCUUCAACUAGAAGGUCACAGGUGCUGCAGAGCGUGAGCCAUGGAGCUAAAGGUGUGGGUGGAGGGCAUGGUCAGAGUGGUUUGUGGUCUUUCACAAAGCACCUCCUGUCAGGACGUCGUCAUCGCUCUUGCACAAGCGAUCGGUCAGACGGGUCGUUAUGUUCUCGUCAUGAAGAUACGAGAGAAUGAGAGACACAUGCUUCCUGCCGAUUGUCCUCUGCAGCAUCUGGCUCAGCUGGGACAGCUGGCUGCAGAGGUCCAGUUCAUUCUACGGAGAACCGGACCCAGCCUCAGUGAGGGUCCUCAUAAAACCAUUAAAGAGGAACGUCCUGUCCUGCUGAGACCACCAGAACCGGAGCCAGUCAAACGCUUAGGUCUUCAAAAGGCCCUCAGCUUCAAUUUGGGUCCUUCAACAUGUCCUAAAAAGGCUAAGUCAAGCAGGGGCUGGUCUCCAUCUCCGAGGGCAUCUCCUGAACCCCGGCCAUCUCCUUCCAACUCUGUGAAUUCCAUUCCCUCCUAUCCCAUAAAAGAGGAGGUGUUUAGGCAGAUUCUGCAGCAGCAGAGCAUCCUGCAGGACCUGGAAGUUCAGAUUGAAGCUCUGGAGAGAGAAGCAGAGUUGUUGGAGAAGGAGAGGUUGUCAGCUGCCAUUUCCAAUCCACCCCCUGACCUCACAGAGCAGCUGGAGGAACUGACCCAGCGGCUGAAGCAGAACGAGAUAGAACUGAUAUACGGAGAUGACUGGGAGGAAGAGUUACAGGCAGAAAUAAAACGAGAACAAGACAUGCACAGGCGUCUGCAGCAGAUCCAGUCAUCUAUAGAUGAUCAAACUCAUGAAAUCAGCGAACUCCAAACCCGCUCUGCACAUCAAGAGCAGGACUUGCAACACAGAUCCCAGAGACAGAAUCUACCGGCAGAGACUCAGCAGGCAGAUGAAGCCCUGAGGUCCCUGACGCAAGAGCUCCACAAACGGCUGCAGAUGGGAGACCAGCUGGAUGCAGCGUUAUCAGAGACGCAGUGGAGGCUGCAGACUGCAGAGGAAAGGGUAAAGGAGAGACUGGAGAGGAUUGGGAUGCUGAAUAAGGAGCUGAGACAAUGCAAACUGCAGCAGUUCAUUCAGCAGACCGGCGGGACUCUACAAGCUGACCAGACAAAGUCACUGUCCAUCUACGAUGUUUAGUAAUGCUGGCGUUAUAGAAACAUCUGGGACAGUGUCCUGAACACAGCAGCGUAUAAUCUACAAUGAUUAGAAAAAAGGGGAAAGUCCACCUUUGUCACGUCAUCACUGUGGCAUUUACUGAUAAACCUGUUUUUCUACUCGUACAACCAUAUGACUGCAGGAACUGUGAUGAUGUCACUUUUUAUAUAUGAAAAUAAAGCUUUUGUAUUUUG